AUGCACACACAAGUCGAAGUUGAUCAGUUACUACGUCAGUUUUGGGAGAUCAAUGAAAAUUCACCAAACGUGAAGCCUCUGUCAAAAGCUAAAAGGCAGUGUGAAGAGCAUUUUAAGAAAACUCACACUCGAAACACUGACGGUCGAUAUGAGGUUCGCCUACCCUUCAAGGACGAAGACGCCCCAAAUUUAGGCAACUCCAGACAACUUGCUUUAAAGCGCUUACAUCAGAUGGAGAAUAAGUUUAAGCGAAGACCCGAAUUUCACGAAGAAUACUGCAAGUUCAUGAGGCAAUAUGAGUCACUCGGUCACAUGGAGAUUGUCCCUGAAAUAGAGAAGAAGAAUAGAGCUUAUUACUUACCACAUCAUGCUAUUCUUCGUGCCUCGAGCCUCACUACAAAGUUGCGCGUAGUUUUUGACGGAAGCGCUAAACCUGUAGACGGAAACUCACUUAACGAUGAGUUACUCAUCGGCCCCCCGCUGCAACAAGAUAUACGAGCUUUAAUACGUAUCUCAAAGCAAGACACUGAUUACCAGAGAAUCUUGUGGCGCGAGUCAUCGGAAGACCCGAUCAGAGAGUAUCGGUUACUUACCGUCACAUAUGGCAGUUCAUGUGCUCCAUAUCUUGCCAUAAGGACACUUCAUCAACUUGCAGAGGACGAACGUGGAGAGUGUCCUGAAGCUGAACUUCGAAAAACUGAUCUCUAUAUGGACGAUUUGAUGACGGGCUCAUCUACAGAAGAAGACACUCAACGGCUUCAACGUCGCUUAACUGAACUGUUUAAACGUGGUGGUUUUCUUCUUCAUAAGUGGUCGUCUAAUAGUGAAACGGUUUUAAAUGAGAUUCCUGAUUCGAAAAAAGCGUUAAAAGGUUCAGUGAAUAUUAAAAUGGAUGAUUCGGUGAAAGCUCUGGGCAUAGCCUGGAAACCACAAAGUUAUAUAUUAGAACUGGUAGUUAACUUACCUCGUGACAACGACGUUGUUACAAAACGAAGUGUGCUAUCUCCAAUAGCUAAAACGUUUGACCCUCUGGGUUGGCUAGCACCUUGCGUGGUUGUUUUAAAAAUAUUUAUGCAGAAGUUGUGGCUAGCCGGCCUGGACUGGGACUCUGAACUUCCUGAAGACCUGAAAACUGAAUGGCAGAAGUACCAGACUAAUUUUGAACACAUGCAGGCCAUUCAGCUUCCACAUUCCACAAUAGUUUUGGCUUGGUAG